GAUGCAGCAGUUAACCUGAUAAAUUUCAACAGUAAUUUCACACACAAACUAAUUAGUUAUUUGUUAGUAUUAUACGAAGAAAAAGAGAGAAAAUUGAGAGGAAACGAUGCAGAAACUCGCGAGGACAUGGAGAAAAUCGCGCGAGGAUGGCGAUGUCGACGGCUACUCUCUUCCUACUCGCGACGACUCCCGGCCGAUUGACACCCGAGAGCAAGAGGAAUUGGUAAGGUCCUUGGAGAAGAGUCAAGCUCAGCAGUCUCUUUUAUGGAGGAGUGUGUUCGCUGGGCUGGUUUUAUGUUAUAUGGUUUUCCUCAUGUACUCAAUCCAUCAGCAGGCUUAUUCUCCUUGGGAAUUGUCCGAUGAUUGUCUUCGCUUGUCAUUUUCAUCUCAUGCGCAGCGAUAUCAUGCUUACUUCAUGUACGAGGUUGAUUCACGGAGCAUACUAAUUGCAGAAGGGGCAGCUGUUUUGGUAUGCUUAAUGAUCAUCACUGGCUUGGUACAUAACUCAAGACGCCAUCGCAUUUGGCUUUGGUGUUCACUUGUCCCUGGUACGUUAUUGGCAGUCUUCUGGUUGCACCACAUACUGAGAUUAGCGAAGUUUCGGUGGGAAAUCACAUGGCUUCCUUUGGCGCCACUGGGCGGAGCUGGAAUCGCCCUUUAUGUGGAUCAUUUACUCAAUGAGUCAUCUGAAGAAGUCAGGAAACUUCGUGGAUACAUGUACGCUUACAAAGCUUAUUGAGAAUUUCUGCCCUCACUGACUUAACGCUUAAACGGAUGUCAAAUGUACAACAGCUGCCACUGUUCAUUGCAGCCAGUAAGAAGUCGCAGUUUUAGGCAUGCAUGUCGAAUUGUGCUUCGAAGGAUAUGCUCCAACUGUUGUAGGUCAGCCAGUGAUUACGUUUAUGAGAGGGCUUUUGUUACCAUUUGCCAUUUGUGCAUGGAAGUGUAUUUUGGCCGACUUUGUUAGUAGUGGCUCGAAUAUAAAUGCAGCAAAUUGCCAGAAUACCCGUCAGAUUCUUGUCAAAGAACUUGCAAAGAACAAGCACAGUGCAAAAGUUAACGUUUGUCAAAUAUUCAAGUUUUCAUUUGCUUCUCCAGUCACGUGUGAAGUUAACGAGUAGAAUGUUUUUGUAAGCACAGUCACUUUCAAUCAAAAUUUCUUUGGAGAA